AUGGCCCGCCGGCUAGUUCGAGCAAGCGUACAGCUCGGUCUCGUCGCAACAUUCAUUUUACUAGUAAUCGUCGUUCUCGAUAGUCGAUUCAGUGUCCUUCCCUCCUCCAUCCAUGGCCACCUUCCGUCGCAUUACUCCGGCUUCGUGAUCACAGACGUAACCGUCACUAAAUGUUCUUCCAUCAAUCCAUUCUCGAGUUGCAAGCUCGACCCUGAAAAUUGGUACCGUGUCGACAAGGAUCUGUACCUCCGCUCGGGCUGGACCUCGAGUGCCUACGUCCAGUUCAAGCGAAAAAAGGAGGUAGAACUCGGUGCCGAUGAUAAAGUGGUCAUCGACCUGAAGAUCAGUCGCCUCACUCCGCCAUCUGAAUACAUUGCUGGGCAAUCGGAAAUCGAGGCAUGGGAGCCCCGGCCAGGGGGCAUUUGGCUCAAACGCUCGUCAUCCCGCCAUGCUAGUGAUUCGCACAGUGCUGUGACAUACAUCGAUGUUCUAUACGGUGCAGAUGCCGUUGAUCCUCGUCCCAAUUGGGAGGUUAAGGACACUCCGAUCCUUUUGGAUAGUUCAACGGAACAAUUAGAAACUCGCUUGAGCAUUCGGAGGGGACACCCUCAGGCCAAAACGAAGAAACAGAAACCCACUCUCAGAAUCAAUGAAAACGGGAGGUUCAAAGUAAUGCAACUGGCAGACCUUCACAUGAGCACGGGUCUUGGUGCGUGUCGUGACCCAGUCCCUGCGGAAGCGGUAGCGGGCCAAAAAUGCGAGGCGGAUCCUCGAACUUUGGAAUUCGUCGAAAGGCUUCUUGAUGAAGAGAAGCCGGACAUGGUCGUUUUCUCUGGAGACCAAAUCAAUGGAGAAACUGCACCCGAUGCACAGAGUGCACUUUUCAAAUCUGUGAAGCUUUUGGUUGACCGCAAGAUUCCAUACGCGGCUAUUUUCGGAAAUCACGACGACGAAGGCGAUCUCAACCGAGAGCAACUAAUGGCCAUAUACGAAGAACUACCAUACUCCCUGUCUGUUGCCGGACCCGAAGAUAUUGACGGGGUUGGAAAUUACAUUGUCGAAGUCCUCGACCGGGGCAAGAGUGCCCACUCUGCCCUCACCUUCUAUCUCCUUGAUACCCAUGCCUACUCUCCCGAUGAGCGUCAGUUCCGCGGCUAUGACUGGAUCAAGCCCAGUCAAACGAGAUGGUUCAAGAAUACCGCUCAAGGCUUGCGAGCAAAACAUAAAGAAUACUCACAUAUCCAUAUGAACGUAGCGUUCAUUCACAUCCCUCUCCCUGAAUAUCGCACUUCAGGAAAGUACUUCAAAGGCGCGUGGAUGGAAGCCCCCACCGCCCCAGGGUUCAACUCUGGAUUCAAGGACGCUCUGGAAGAAGAGGGUGUCUUGUUUGUCAGCUGUGGGCAUGACCACGUCAACGACUAUUGCAUGCUUGAGCAAGACGCCACAAACAAGCCCUCUCUCUGGAUGUGUUACGGCGGCGGCGUUGGUCUAGGUGGCUACGGCGGCUACGACAACUACGUCCGACGAGUACGUUUUUACGACUUCGAUAUGGGUCCAGGACGUGUCUCGACAUACAAACGUCUCGAGUGGGGUCAAACAGAAGCGAAGAUCGAUGAAAUGAUGAUUGUGGAUGGCGGCACGGUCAACAGCCCCGAAGAAGCGUCAUGA